AUGCCUGUUAGUGAAACAAAUAAACUCCAAGACCCAAAAUCCUUAAGUAGAGAUAACGAUAGUGAUGAUAAUAAUUCGAUCUCUGAGUUUAACUUUACAUGCCUGAUACACGAAAACUUCACUCCAUUACAGCGGAAACCAGAGGUAUAUCCAUACUCCGAACAAAUAUUAAAUGAUAGGAAUAAUGAUAGUACAAGCAAUAAAGGUAUUGAAUUUGAUUAUUUUAGACCAAGAUUUGACUCUUAUAAUAAGUUGCCGACCAUGUCAAAUUCGUAUCUUAAACCCAACACAACGUUCAUAGGAGAACAGCAAUCCGGAAAGGCAAAAUACCAUAUAAAAGUAGAGUUUAAAACUGUUGAUUGGGUGAAUUCAAUACUAACGGGGUUUUUGCAAAUAUCGGGAUUAACUGAACACCAUCCCGAGAUAACUACGUUCUUUAAAGGUGAAAUCAUUAAUAAUCCGUUCAAUAAGUAUAAAUGGGAGACGGGGUCUAAGAAGCUGCAAAGAGAUACGACUAUAAAAAGAUAUUCCUUCAUAACAGAAAAUGAUCAAUGGGGGUCGUUCAUCAAAAAUGAUUUGGAACAUUGGAAGCAGUUGACAGAUUCCAAGGGUCUAAACGAUCUCGAAUUAAAACAAAAGUUGCACAGAAUACAAAAUGAUUAUAAUUAUAACGACGAAUGCAUAUAUAUGAGAUGGAAAGAGGAGUUCUUACUACCAGACUCCAGGAUCAAACAGAUUAAUGGUGCCUCGUUCGAAGGGUUCUACUAUAUCGUUCUAAAUUUGACUCACAAUUCAAAAUUACCUGGUUCUAUAAGUGGUUUGUAUUAUCAUAAAGAAUCAGAAAAGUUCCAGUCGUUGAGUCUCCGGUGUGUUGAGGAUCAUGGCAUCUCUAAUAAAUUCGAUUUUGUUUGA